GGUGCCGCGCAGCGGGGUGACCGCGCUCCUUCUGCAGGCUAUGUCGGUGAUCGGAGACCGGAGGUCCCGGGAGCAGAAAGCCAAGCAGGAGAGGGAGAAAGAACUGGCAAAAGUGACCAUCAAGAAGGAGGAUCUCGAGCUGAUUAUGACGGAGAUGGAAAUAUCCCGGGCCGCAGCGGAGCGCAGCCUGCGCGAGCACAUGGGCAACGUGGUGGAGGCUCUCAUCACCCUCACCAACUGAGCUGGGAGGCCACGGGCUGCCAGGCGUGGGCUCUUGCCCUACCAAUAAAGGCACUGCUGGGACUGGGCUGUC